GGUUGUGGGAGAGCGUUGGGAGGUGUAGAGCCGAGAACCGUUUUUAUAACCAGUGUGACUUUAUUUCCCAGAUUGCACCGCGCACCGUGAUGUUCCCAACAGCUGACAGUCGGUGAAGCCUCUGCCAGAGCUGUCCGUGGAAGCUCGUGAAACCCUCUCGUCGGAAGCCCACAUAGACUGGACACACAAGCCGAACGUUUGCGGAAUUAAGACUGUCUAACGAGAACAUAGCUUUUGGGAAACAGUUUUUUUUUUAAGUUUUCUUUCUUAUUUUAAUAGUCCAGCAUUGGCAGCCGGGGACAAUUGCUGUCAGCUAACUUCCACAAUAGGUCGCUGCGUCGCUGGACUGCCGCUUUAUGUUUUAUUCGAGCUCAGCGGUUUGACUCCAGCCCUUCCCUCUCCAACCGUGCCCCAAUGCUGAGGAAUGGAUAGCGUGUCUGCUAACGGUGGGAAGAUGGUCGAGAGUGAUGAGCAGCAGCCGGAGAGGCACAGCGGCGGUGGCGCAGCGAUGGCCGCGCUCCAUCAGUGCGAGCUCAUCCAGAAUAUGAUUGAUAUCUCCAUCUCCAGUUUACAGGGGCUACGGACCAAAUGCGCCGCGUCCAACGACCUCACGCAGCAAGAAAUACGCACUUUAGAGGUAAAGCUGACGAAAUACAUCUGUAAACAGCUGCAGUGUAAAAGAAAGGUCCCAGACACGGAGAGGCCCGAGGCCCUGGACAGCUACCCACGCUUACGGGACUGGCUGCGCACCGUCAACCUGCGACCAGAGCUCAUCCAGGGGGUAGAGACAAAGUUGUCCUUGGACACAUUACUGCAGAUGACCGGAGCUCAGGUGAGAGAUGCGAUGAGAAGACUGGGGUCCAGUUCAGAAGAAUGUGCUAGACUUGGUGCUGCCCUCUCCUGUCUAAAGAGUGCCACUGAAUCAGGAGGUGAAAUGAAAGAGGAUAGUGUUUCCUGGCUGUCUGAGUCCACCAGGAGGGACAGUGGAUCUCUACUAACGGCAGACCAGCUGCCUUUCCUGGGAACUCCCCUGCGCCCCCACAGUCCAUCGCCUUUAGCCCGCCCCUCCACCAUCCAGUCCACGCCAUCCACCCCCUCUGCUACCUUCCAUCAUCCCCGUUCUGGUUCUGUUUCAGCAGCACCCACACCGGAUGGGCUGGGAUCAUACGCCCAUGGCGACAGUCCCCUCACUGAUCUGUUCCCCAUGCCUCGGCCACGCACAACCCGCCUCCACGGGCACACCUCCACCCCUCCUGUAACCCCACCCUCAAAUAGGCGGCAGAAACUGAAGCCCCCUUGCACUCCUCCACCUCCGUCCCGCAAGGUUCUGCAUCUGCUCCCSAACAUCACUCUCACACGCAGCAAGAGCCACGAGUCCCAGCUGGGCAAUCGCAUCGAGGAUCCCCCCAACAACAAGUCUCUGUUGGUGCUAAAUGCUAAUUGCUACCCAUGUGUUACCUACUGUCUUUGCAGAUUAAAGUGCCACAACAAAUGCACAAAGGAGGCUCCGUCCUGCAGAAUCUCCUUUCUACCAAUUGCCAAAAUUAGGAGGACCGAGUCAGUUCCUUCUGACAUAAACAACCCUGUGGACCGACCACAAGAAGCUCCUCAGUUUGGUACAUUACCAAAGGCCAUUACAAAAAAGGAUCAUCCUCCUGUCAUGAACCAGCUGGACUCGAGCAGCAACCCAUCCUCCACCACUUCAUCCACUCCUUCCUCCCCUGCUCCCUUCCAGCAGAGCAAUCCUCCGAGUGCCACGCCACCACCUAACCCUUCGCCCAAAGGACACAGAGACAGCCGAUUUAACUUUCCAGCUGCGUAUUAUUUUCAGCAUAGGCAGCAGUUUAUCUUCCCCGAUGUUUGCAGUCCUACAAAUGUGUGCUCUGAUGUCCUCCAAGACACAGUCAGUGAGGUAGAACAGUCAGCAGAUGACACACACAAUGAGCUGGUUGAGGAUGAAGAUGAAGAGGAAGGGGAGAACAUUGAAGAUGAAGAUCCSGAAGCGGAGGAGGACAAUGAAGAGGAUGACAGAGAUGACCACGGAGGGGAAUACGAGGAGGACAGAGAGGAAAUGAUGGGGAACAUCGGCUCAGACGGUGAGUGCGACGAGCUGGAUGAUCUGCCAUGCUCUCGUGGAAACCAGUGGAAGGGCCCCAUAUCCCGCAAGCCCAGCCAGACGAGCGUGUACCUGCAGGAGUGGGACAUUCCCUUUGAGCAGCUGGAUCUCGGAGAGCUCAUCGGAAAGGGUCGCUGGGGUCGAGUGCACAAGGGUCGGUGGCACGGCGAGGUCGCCAUCAGACUUCUGGAGAUUGAUGGAAACAAUCAGGAUCAUCUGAAGCUCUUUAAGAAGGAGGUGAUGAACUAUAGACAGACCAGACAUGAGAAUGUAGUCCUCUUCAUGGGGGCUUGCAUGGCUCCACCCCACUUAGCCAUCAUCACCAGCUUCUGUAAAGGAAGGACGCUGUACUCGGUUGUUCGGGACACCAAAAAUAAUUUGGAUAUCAAUAAAACGAGGCAAAUCGCUCAGGAGAUUGUAAAGGGAAUGGGCUACCUUCACGCCAAAGGCAUCGUUCACAAAGACCUGAAGUCCAAGAAUGUUUUCCACGACACCAACAAAGUGGUGAUCACGGAUUUUGGCUUGUUUGGGAUUUCUGGAGUCGUUCAGGAGGGGAGGCGUGAGAAUAAACUCAGACUUCCGCACGGUUGGAUUUGUUACCUCGCACCGGAGAUUGUGCGUAAAAUGUGUCCGGGCAACAAUGAGGAUCGCCUUCCCUUUUCAACAGCAGCGGACGUGUAUGCCUUUGGAACAAUUUGGUAUGAGCUUCAAGCUAGAGACUGGCCAAUCACUAACCAGCCUGUUGAAGCCACCAUCUGGCAGGUGGGGAGUGGCGAGGGCAUAAAGAAGGUUUUGGGGGAGAUCAGCCUGGGCAAGGAGGUCACAGAGAUCCUCUCUGCCUGCUGGGCGUUUAACCCGAGAGAUAGGCCGACCUUCACUCAGCUGGCCGACAUGCUGGAGAAGCUGCCCAAACUCAACCGCAGGCUGUCGCACCCAGGACACUUCUGGAAGUCUGCAGAGUAGGUAUCCCACAGCAGGAGCGGAGGUGAAGACACUGGACAUGAAAACACGUGCAGAGAUUCUACGUUUUGUUUGGGGUUUUUUUUUUUUGCUGUUUUUAUGGUUUUCCCUGUGGUACAGUGACCUGAGCAGUCAUGAUUUCUGUCGCCACACUGUAUAAACRACACAUAACUGGAGCCGAGCUCUGGUCAGACUUGUAGCUGGGGUAUAAAACAAAAAACCAAAAAAAUAAACAUUUGUUAGUAUGUUUGUUUUUAAACUAGUCCAUCAGAUUCUCUUUGCUUCUGUYUUUUUAGAUAAGCUGUGAACUUUGUGUUUCAUAGAUGUGUAUAUACGUAAUUUCUWUAGCUUAAUUUAUUCUUCAGGCAAUCUUCAAGCAAAGAUAUUUCUAAAAGUAGUUUGAGGUGCUUCUAUUUUACAAUUGCUGAGGUGAAACAGCCACUGUCUAACGGUUAGGGUAUUUCCAAAUGCAUAGACGUGCUGUCAGGAACAGACUCUGACCUCCAACAGCGAUAUAAGAUGGAGGACGUAAUACAGCCCYGUCUUCAUUGAAGCUGUGACACUGUUGUAAAAUGUGAAUAAUUAGCAACUAUUGUGUAUUUUAAACWGUAAAUUUAWAUAUUUAUAUUAUUGUUGUUGAAACAAGACAACAAAUGCUGUAGAGAAUGUCUAGAUCAGGAAUCGGGUAUUGGUGGCUUAACUAAGAAUUUUCCCAGCAUUAGUGAAAACAAAUAGAUUAACAUUUUUACAUAACUUUUAAAACAUUUACAUUUUACACAAUUGCUGAAACAUUUAGUAAGUUAUGUUUAUUUAAACUGCAAAAAAAUAAAUCAAUAAUUAUUGGCACACCAGCAGGAUUGCAUCAUCUUUUGAUUAUAUUAAGUUGAGCUGUGUCAUUAGCAUUCAGAGAAUUCGGUUCACUCUGAUUGUACCUGCAACGUGUAUACAACUCAGCUUUAUGGUAAUGUUGUUUUUGUUUUGUUGCUUUUUGUCUUUAAUUUGCUUUUUCACACUUUUUGCUUUUUCUUCAAGCACCCCAGAGCUUCACUAUACAUCUAUCUAGGUUUAAAAGACAGGUUUCACACUUUAGGUUAGAAUUUUUAUAAGCUGAGAAAUACCUUAAUACAGAGAAGUACAAAGUCCUGCUGUCUUAAUGAACUUCUCUACCUGUUUAAUGUGCUGGAUCUUCUCUGACUAAUCAAAAUGCUCCUGUUCAGCCUGAUUCUUUUACUAACCAUCUAACAUUUCCUUUGCCCCUUUUUCUCUCUCCUGUGUUUUUUUU